AUGUCUAAAAUAUCAUCUUUAGUUAAUUUUAUUAGCAAACGAAAUAUUUCACUUACAGUCCCUAGGGAAGGUAAGAGAAAUUUCCGAAAAUUUGUUAUAGCUAACAAAAGAGGUUCACGGAUCCAUAAAAUGCAGCAAAUGGGUCCUAAACCUGAGUUAGAAGUGGACAGACGUGGAGUACGUGAUACAGGAUAUAUUUUAAACGGUCGCUUUGUUAAAGUGCCAGAAAUGAUACCUGAACUUAUCGUACCUGACCUAAAAGAUUGUAAAUUAAAACCGUAUGUUUCCUACAAAGCAGAGGAUGUGAUUCAAAGCGAAUUCACCUCUCAAAAUUUGUUUGAUGCUGUCUAUAGUAGAAAAAUAGUAACAGAUUUUAAAGAAGGUAAAUUAGAUGCAAAUGGUGAGCCCCUUGAGCCUUCAGAAGAAGAGAAAUUGAGACCAGAAGAAGCCGUUCAAAGAGCUAAGCAAACAGGCUCUGAUAUUUUU